AUGACAGAUACUCUUGAGCAAUAUGCGAAGGCCAGGGAGGCUCUUAUAGCAGAAGACCGCCGUCUGCGCCGUGACAGCUCCCGUGAACCUUCUGAGGACGAGCUGAAAGCUGACAAGGUAGUUCGAGAUAUUCGCGCAGCCGAGGCAGUGUCGGUAUGGGGGGCUGAACAUCCCGACAUACCUCAUCCCUUUCCUGGCAUGGAGUUCUUGACAGGAAAGAGUAUCAUCGUCAAGACGGAGAUCUUCAAAAUCCUAUCGAAGAUGCCAAAGGGAGGGCUUCUGCACGCGCAUCUCGACGCGACAGUCGACGUUAAAUGUCUCUUGAGCCUCGCGUAUAAACACCCCGCCUUGCAUAUCCGAGUCCCCGAUGCCGUCAAUGCAACAUCCGUCCACACGGUCUUACCAGAGUUCAAAGCAUUCCCGAAGCAGGCGUAUUCCGAGGUGCAUGAGCUAUCCCAAUCCCCGAUGCAAUGGGUUCAAUUAUCCAAAGCGAGGGAGAACUUCCCCGCUGCUCUUGGUGGCGCGCAGGGCUUCGACAAAUGGCUCACUGCGUCCAUGAUGAUCAAUCCGUCUGAAGCGUAUGGAACUCAUAACACAGUGGCCAAGAUUUGGCAAAAAUUCACCAACACAUUCUCGGUUGCCAGCUGCUUGACACGUUACGCGCCAAUAUUCCGUGACUACGUCAAAGAGUUCCUCUUGACUUCUAUCGCCGACGGUAUCUCAUAUGUUGAACCUCGUAUCAACUUCCGUCAUAGAUUCAUGGACGAUGCCGACGGGAAUGAAUGUGUUCCUCAUCGUGAAUGGCUCGUCAUGUUUGAUGAAGUUCUGAAGGAGGUCAAAGAAGACCUGCAGAAGCAAGGUCGUGAAGAUGAAUUCAUCGGAGCCAAGAUCAUUUAUACAACCCUUCGUUUCAUUACGCCCGAGGAGCUGACGUGGUACACCGAAGAUUGUAUUGCAUUGAAGAAGGAAUUUCCCCACCUAAUUGCAGGAUUCGACCUGGUCGGAAAUGAGAACGAGUUGAAGCCUCUAAUUGAUUACCUCGAACCUCUGUUGCAAUUCAGAGAGAGGCAGAAGGAAGAGGGCGUUGAAAUUCCCUUCCUAUUCCAUGCUGGCGAAACGUUUGGUGACGGCACUGAAGCUGAUAUGAAUAUGUACGACGCCAUCCUCCUGGGCACGAAGCGGAUUGGCCAUGGAUUUUCUCUAGUAAGGCAUCCCAGAUUAAUGGAAAUCUGCCGAGAACGGGGAAUUGCUUUGGAAGUGUGUCCAAUAUCGUACGUGAUUUGCACUCGCUUGACAUCGUCCAUGCCAAUGCACCCUCUCCCGAUUUUAUUCAACAACGGGGUCCCUGUUGCGCUCUGUUGCGACGAUCCCUCAAUCUUCGGGAAUAUGGGUCUCACGUUUGAUUUUUACCAAGUCCUUGUUUCUAGCGAAGUUACAGGGUUAGUCCAACUUGCUGAGGUUGCGCGCGAUAGCAUCAAAUACUCUAUGCUUGAACCUGAAGAGAAACAGCGUGCACUGGAAUCUUGGGAAAGGCAGUGGGCAAAAUUUGUGAAAAAUGUCGUUGCGUAA